CGAAGAACCCUACGAGAUUUGUCAGAUUGUAUUAAUCUACCGGAUUCGUAUUUAUUGAAAAAUUGUGCUUUAAAUAGAGCGGUGUUUCACCAAGUCUUGAGAAUAUUGGAGCCUGUUGUACCGAAGACUCAGCGUUCUAAUGGCAUACCGUUUCCUCUAAAGGUGCUUGUCACCUUAUCGUUCUUAGCCAGUGGGUCACACCAGAAAUCGGUUAGCAAAGAUUUCAAUAUCAACAUAUCACAAAAAUCUGUAAGCAGAAUUAUCAGAAUUAUUAUUGAAGGUUUCAGUGAGGUGCUGGACAACUGGGUAGUUUUCCCAGCCAGUGUUUCACUAAGAGAUCAGGUCAAGGAAGGUUUCUAUAGAAAAUUCCAAUUUCCAGAAACAAUAGGGUGUCUAGAUGGAACAUAUAUUGAAAUUGUCUGUCCUAGAGAUGAUGAGGAAGCUUUCUAUGAUAGAAAAGGACAAUAUUCCAUAAAUGCGCAAUUUAUUUGUGAUGCUGACAUGAAAAUAAUUGCAGUAUGCUGUAGAUUUGGAGGGGCAUCCAAUAAUGCUUAUAUUUGGAACAAGAUGAAUAUAAGGCAAUAUAUUGAAAAUAUAAACAGACAAGGAGAGCCUGGAUGGCUAAUUGCUGACAACAAAUAUCCACAACGAGCAUGGCUUAUGACACCAGUGAUACAAGCUGUUCAAGGUACCCCAGAAUAUCAGUACAAUCACUUCCAUGGGCGCACUAAAACCUGUAUAGAUAAAUGCAUUAGCAAACUAAAAGGAAGAUGGCAAUGCUUGCACAAACGUCCAUUACAUUAUACUCCUCAGAGAGCAGCAAAAAUAAUUAAUGCAUGUGCAGUUUUACAUAAUUUGUGUGUGACAGCUGGUUUGCCAGAUUCUGAACCUUAUAUUAACACUGGUCAAAUGACAAUGGGGAAUGAAGUGACUGAAAUGCCUGAUAAUAAUGUCAAUGACUUCUAUAUCGGCAUUGAAAUUAGAAGGCAGUUGUCUGAGAGAAUUUAUUACAGUGUUUGAGUGGUUGGAAUAUAUGAUACUUUAUGAGGU